AUGGCAGUAGUGAACUUUAGCAAUACAAUACUGCCUGCCGUCACUGGCUACGAUAUCAGUGGUGAAGUGGUCGCUGUGGGGAAAGCCAUCAAGGAUUUGAAAGUGGGCGACGAGGCUUUUGGCUUUUUGAGCAUGAAUUCAAGCGGUGGAGGUGGCGCUUUUCAACAAUAUUCGGUAGCCGAUGCCGAUCGAAUUGUCAAGAAGCCGCAAGGUCUUAGCCACACGGAUGCAUCGACUCUCGGCAUUGGUUUCCUGUCAGCUAUGGAUGGACUGCGACAAGUAAAGAUUAAUUCAUCCACAUCGAUCUUCGUUCCUGGUGGCUCAGGUGGAGUUGGACAUUUUAUUAUACAGGUUGCUCGGAUCUUGGGUGCUGGUCAAAUAAUAACAUCAGCCUCGAAAGAAGAAGGUAUCAACAUCCUCAAAGAACUAUACAAGAUCAAAGAUGUCAUCAAUCACGCCACAGAAAAUGUUGUCGAUCGAGUCCUCGAGCUCACCGGUGGUCAAGGUGCCGAUAUUGUUUUUGACACCACUUAUCUCGAAUCGAGUUAUGCCAAAUCAACAUUAACUGUCAAACGAGGUGGAUCAUGGCUUAUUCUCAAUCGUCGCAUUCUCGAUAAAGAUAGCCAAGCAAUGAAAAAUGUUGAACAACGCGGAGCCAACCUGAUCCAAGCAGAUGUAUCACGCUACACACUGGGACCUGAGAAGGCACAAGUCAAGUCAUUCUUUCAAGAAUCAUUAGUUCAAGGUGCUAAAUGGGUUGAAGAAGGAAAGCUCAAGCCUUAUGUAAACAAAAUAAUUAAACUCGAAGAAGUGGAAUCGGCGCUCGAGCAACUGACGCAGGGCAAAGCUGGAUUUGGCAAGGUUGUGGCAGAAAUUUCUCCAAACUGA